AUGUUUGAUGGAUUAAUGCUAAGUAGGCUCCCUUUUCCAAAGGCACCACCUGAUCUUUGGGGGUUCGUGCCCCAUAUAAAAGCCUGCGCUAGUGCUGAGCUCAGCUAGUCUAGCCAUCUCCUCUCUCUCACACGGUCUCUAUCUUUCUAUCUCCACUGUCUUUCUUCCUCUGUCUUUACUUUCUCCUUUGGCUUUCACUUUUUCCUAGCACUUUCUCUUCCGUUCUUCCGGUUUCCAUUCUUUCUGGCAUUCAGACUGACGCUAUUCAGACUAUUCAGGCCUGGGAGUUUUAGUAGUGAGGGAAAUCUCAGAGCAUCCGUUUGCGUCAUUCACCUCCAUUUUGGCUUUCUUUGACUUGGGGCCUUUUCUAAAGGGCUGUCCUGAAGUAGCGUGCAGGUCUUUGGCUUUUUCCUGCGUUGUUUUUUAAUUUUUUAUUCAUAUGUGGCAUUAGGACCAGCCCGUCAAGAAAAUGCCACGUUCCUUUUUGGUGAAGCAACUGAAGGUCCACGAUUACUCCUCCUCCUCCAAUCAUCAGCAUCACUCGGACGGAUCGUACACGCUCACACGUGCCAUCACCGAGUCCGCCACCAACUUGGCGGUCCGUUUGAGUGAAAAUGGCUACAUCCAGGAUUACGUCAUCCCCUCAAUAUGCCAGAGCACAAAGGACCCUGGCUUGAGGAGGCAGACCGGGCUCUCCGCGGGGCCCCUGUACUCCCCAGGGAGCACAGGGGGCAGCGGGGGGGAGGACUACUCUGACCAUGACAUGGAGCAGCCCGACAGCCCCUGCUCAGGCAUGACCACCGAGUCGGACAGCAGCAGCUACACAGUGGACGCCUUCCUCAUCUCUGACGGCCGCUCUCGGAGAAGGGCCAACCACGGGAAAACAAAAACUAAAGGUGAGGAGAGAAACAGCAUUGCAGAAGUGGGCUCCACAGGAUCCACAGGGUCCAAGGCUGCCAAAGGAAAGCACGGAAAGUCUAAGGGACCGGGGCGCCACACGUGCAGCGAAUGCAGCAAGACUUACGCCACCUCGUCCAACCUGAGCCGUCACAAGCAGACACACCGCAGCCUGGAAGGCCAGCAGGCCAGGAAGUGCCCCACGUGCCAUAAGGCCUACGUGUCCAUGCCGGCACUGGCCAUGCACAUGCUCACCCAUGACCUGCGGCAUGAGUGUGGAGUGUGCGGCAAGGCGUUUAGCCGACCGUGGCUGCUGCAGGGUCACAUGCGCUCGCACACGGGCGAGAAGCCGUUUGCCUGUGCCCACUGCGGCAAAGCGUUCGCGGACCGCUCCAACCUGCGUGCCCACAUGCAGACGCACUCGGCCUUCAAGCACUAUGAUUGCAAGCGCUGCGGCAAGAGCUUUGCACUGAAGUCCUACCUGAUCAAGCAUUACGAGUCGGCCUGCUUCAAGGGCUCCGGAGACGAAGAGGACUGCUGUCCCAAGGACUGAUCAGAGAUUUACACGAUAUCAGCUUAUUUACCCAGGUCUGUUUCACUGAGAUAAUAUCUCCUUUACAAGAGAGACCAAUGUUGUGUUCAUUCGGGCAGUGUUUCCCAACUCCAGUCCUUGAGUACCCCCAACAGUACACAUUUGUAUUGUAUUCCCAGAGAAAUACACCUCAUUCAACUCAUCAAGGGCUUGAUCAUUAGUUGACAAGUUGAAUAUGUUGGGAGUACUCGAGGACUGGAGUUGGGAAACAUUAGGGCAUGUAACAGAAAUGUUUUAAAACACAUCGCAACUGAAAACUAAAAUGAAGGUUAAACUUUUUUUAUUAUUGGACUUAUCCAGAUAGUCCCUUGCAAUGUUUCAGUCUGUUUUCUUCCAUUUGGUGCCUAAUGAACACAACCCUGGUCAAAGACUGCACUCCUCACCACUCGUCUUUCUCUUCCUGCUUUUUGAUAGAGAGCAAUAAUAAUGAAAAUGAGGGUUGUUCAAGAACGUAGAAGAUAACUGACGAUGAUGACUGAAUAACAUUCAAAUGUUAAUAUUUUUUAUUCUAUAAUUGUUUUAUGGAUUCGUAUUCAUUUAUUUGCAAUAAUUUACAUUCCAUUAUUUUUAAUAUGCCAAUUAGCUCUUAAUUUCCCUGCAACAUGGCUUCCACGAUAAACAUUUGUGUAUUUAUUAAUUUUAUGUAUUUAUGUAUUUAUUUAUCAAAUGAUAAAUGUAUUGGUUAACUAGGUUGUUAAUUAAUUCUAAAUGUAUUUAUUUGAUUUGAUUUAUGAAUUGAACAUCUUAUAAAAUGCUGUAAUAUAUUUCAGAGAUAAAGUAGCCCUAUAUCUGGUCUCAUUCACAACAAUUGUUGAUGUAUUCAUGUUCUACAUAGGAAAUGCUCAAUAUGCCCUUUUGUUUUUGAAUCUAUGCACAGGCUAUAAGUGUAAGCUACAUUGUAAUACUUAGACACGAGAAUCCAGUUAAUUUGUUACACCAUUAUUAUGAAGGAUUGGUCCCAUUAAUUAUUUGCCCUAUGUAAAGCUGUUGAAUUUGAAUUGUACUAAACUUUGUAUGUAAUCGGAAAAGCUAUGAACUUUUCAAUUACCAAGUC